ACAAAUUUUCUGUUUUUUUCUUUUGAGUGAAACAAAAAAUGAUUGAACCGAUUCAAUUUACCGAAAUCAAUAAAAUUUCAUUAUUUUCAUUGGAAAAUCGUAUCGAUUAUCAUUUGGAACGUAUCAUGAAACGAAAACGUUUACAAAAUUUCAAAAAUUCGAUAAAUUUUCUCAAUGUUUAUGAACGAAUUUUGGAAUGUUUAUUGGAAAUUAUUAAUUCCACCAAAAAUCUGAUUGAUCGUCGUCGAAAUCUGAUUCAAAAUGGUCAUGAUAUUUGUCAAUUAUUAUCAACAAUCAUUAGUUUAGAUGAACAAAAAUUUCAUAAACAACAAAUAAUUAUUGAAUUGUUUGAUUUUAUCAAAGAAAUUUGUACAAAUCUUGGUCAAUUAAUUUGGGCAUUGAAUUCGAAUCGAGAGCAUAUCCGUUAUGUUUGUAAAGUAUUCAAUGUACCGGAUUUAUUUUUCCAUCAAUCCAUUAUCAAUGGUGAAUGUGGUUGGAUAUCGAUCAAGUUGCAAAUAAUCGAAAUGAAUCAUCAUUGUUCAAAAAUGAUUGUUGAAUGUCAACGAAUUUGUCAAAAUAUUCAUCAUAUGGUGCGAGAAAUUUAUUUUUAAUUUGAAAA